AUGCCUCGCCUUUCGCUCACGUUCGUCACCGGCCUGGUGGCUCUGCAAUCCGCGGCAGGCGCCUCUCUCCGCUCCAGCAACGGUGCAGCAGCCGACGGCCGGCGCCUUCAGGAGGGGCUCUGCAACUCGAUCGGCUGCCCCGGCGGAUUCACCCCCAUCCCCAACGCCUGGGAGGUCGAGUGCGGCCACUCGUGCGAUGUCGCCACGUGCUGCGAAGCCUUCUGCAGCUACCACGCGUGCCCCGACGGCUACAUCCCCAUCGAGGACGCUGGCACGACCCGUUGCACCGACGACUACUGCACCACCCCCCAAUGCUGCGUUUCUGGGAACACCCGAAAAGGGGAGCAACCGCCCCCGCCGCCGCCCCCUGCAGGCGGGCUGUACUGCAACUCGAUCGGCUGCCCGGGCGGGUACACCCCCAUCCCCAACGCCUGGGAGGUCGAGUGCUACGACGAUUCGUGCGAGGUCUCCCAGUGCUGCGAGGCCUACUGCAGCUACUACGCGUGCCCCGACAGCUACAUCCCCAUCGAGGACGCCGGCACGACCCGUUGCACCGACGACUACUGCACCGCCGACCAGUGCUGCGUUUCUGGCGACACCGGAGAUGGGCAGACGUACUGCAACUCGAUCGGCUGCCCGGGCGGGUACACCCCCAUCCCCAACGCCUGGGAGGUCGAGUGCUACGGCGACGGGUGCGAUGUCGGCCUUUGCUGCGAAGCCUACUGUAGCUACUACGCGUGCCCCGACGGCUACAUCCCUAUCGAGGACGCCGGCGCGACCCGUUGCACCGACGACGACUGCACCACCGAGCAGUGCUGCGAGUCCCACUAA